AUGGUUUUAGCGCAAGGUAGUUCCGAUAUAGUUUAUAGACCAGUGACCCGAGCUAGAUCCAGGCUUAUACGGCUAACUUCUCUAAAGCUUGUACUAAAGUAUACAGUCAGGAGUCUGGAACUUCUAGAACUACGGGUGCCAACACAUGUGCCAAUCGGAACUCGACCCACGCUUACAUGUAAAUGGCAACUGGGUCCUACUGAUGUUUUGUACUCUGUGAAGUGGUACAAGGACGGCAAAGAGUUCUUCCGUCACGUUCCACGCGACAGUGAAACUAGGAGAAAAUUCUAUCUACCAGGGGUAGACGUGGAGGAGUCAAGUACGAACGGUGCGAAUGUAACGCUAGCUCCUGCUGUGCUGGAGACAGGUGGAAGAUACCGGUGUGAAGUCUCCGGGGAACGACCCUUGUUCCCCACUGUGUCUGACCACUCGGAUAUGAUCAUUGUCGCGUUGCCGGAAUUCGGUCCAGUCAUAACUGGUUCCCGACUUCGGUAUCAUGUCGGAGAUCGAGUGCAAGUAAACUGUACCUCGGGCAGGUCUAGACCAGCAACGAGGCUCGCCUGGUACAUCAACGGAGAGCCAGCACCAGCAGCCGCGGUCCUUCCACCGGAACAGCACCGCCACGAAGAUGGAUUGGAGACUACGAGUUUAGCACUCGACUUCAAAGUUAAACCAAAGCACUUUCGGAGAGGAGAUCUUAAGCUAAAAUGUCUAGCCACAAUAGCCACUGUCUACUGGAGGAGCAACGAAGAGAGCGUCCAAGGAGAGAGGAUGAAGGGGUACGCCAGAUCGCGUGAACUAUCAGAAAACUCCCGCGCAGACCGCGUUCAGGCUGCUGGCAACACCACAAUCCUAACAGUCACGACCGCUACCAAAUUGUUACUAUUCUUUUUCAUAGUCAUGCAUCUACCAAUAAAAUAG